AUCUUUUUGUACCAACUACUUAAACCCACUUGAAUAAAGUUCUGCGUGGGGGUACGAAUGGUGGAAGGAUGGAAGCAUGGAUCGGUAGAGAGCUACAAAGACUAAGAGCAGAAACAGCAAGUCCCAUAUUCUUGGGCUGCACUGGAGAAUUUUGAGGAUCAUCGUUCUUUUUUUCAUUGUUCUUAAUCAACUGUUUACUGCUCUCUCGUCAGUAGGAAUCUUUUGCUCAGCUGGUAGAGGAAACACAAAGCAGACCUAGCCGUGCGCACGCUCAGCAGAACCGCUCGCGUCUGCAUACGGCCUCAAACAUGUUUUUAUACUUGAAGGCGAGUGCGGAGUCGGGGAAGAUGGAGACUAGCUUGGGCAAAUGAAGGGGGCCUCCCUCCUCUCUCCCUGCCUCAGGCCUGCGCUUCCUCCCAGCCCCCUGGACGCCGCUUCCUGCGCUUUCUGCCCACCUGCUCUCCAGACCCUGCGCGCCCUGGCGCCAGAAGUGGCGUAAAUUUCCGCCCACGCGCGCCGCGCCCCGGGGGCUGUUUGGUGACGUCAGGGCCGAGCGAGGGGCGCCUCCUCCCGGCUGCUCGGCCCUCCAGGCCUCGCGCCCCCGCCUGCCCUUUAAAAGAGUGAGGCCUGCGCCAAGCGCGCCACACCGCGGGGACCAGGACGCACGCUGUCUUCCCGAAGCACCUCCGCCUCGCCUUCCUCCUGCAUCCGCCUCGCUGGUGCAGCCGAUCCGGGCCAUGCAGCCCGCAGCGCUUCUCUGCCUCCUGGGAGCCGCGGUGCUGGCCGCUGUCGGCUCUGUGCCAGUGGAUAACAGGAACCACAAUGAAGAGAUGGUGACUCGCUGCAUCAUUGAGGUUCUCUCCAAUGCCCUGUCCAAGUCCAGCGUUCCAGCUGUCACCCCUGAGUGCCGGCAAGUCCUGAAGAAGAGUGGAGAAGAGGUCAAAGAUGAAGGCCAGAGUGAGUCUGAAAAUACAAAGUUUGAAGUGAGAUUGCUACGAGACCCAGGUGAUGCCACAGAAGCCCACAGGCCUUCCAGCGGGGAGAAAGCCCAAGCCCCAGGGGAGGCAGAUGCUGAAGACCAGCCAGAGGCUGGCAAGGAAAAGGUGGAAGAGGGAGGCAAACACAGCCAAGAAGGUCCAGACGAGUCUCCGGAGAGUCUCUAUCCCUCCAAGGACAAUGGCCAAGUCUCUGAAGAAGCCAAGGUACUCCAUUCUGAGGAGAGUAAGGAAGAGGGCAGGGAGGAAGAAGAGGAAGAGGACCAUCCAGAAAGGGAGCAUGGCAAAGAGGCCGGUGAAGGGAGACCCACUGAGGAGGCAGGAGACAUGCAGAAUGCCUUUCUCAGCAAAAGAAACCAGGUUUCAGUGAAGCAAAAAGAGGAAUUGGUGGCCAAAUCAGGUACACACUCUGCUGGGCUCCCUGAGAAGACACACAGCAGGGAGAAGAACAGACCAGAGAGUGAAGAGGAGAUGAAAAACCAGGAGAAACACCCUCAAGAGUCUCGCAGCCAAGUGCAGAGUGAGGAAGAAUCCAAGGAAAGUGAAGAAGAUGAGACCGAGGUGGCCAAACGACACAUGAGGCCUAGGCACCACCAUGGGAGGACCAGGCCUGACAGCUCCUUUCGAGGAGGGAAUCUUCCUUCUGAGGAAAAGGGACAGGAAUCUGAGGAGACAAACAUGGCCAUGACAAGUUUAGGAGAAAAGAGGGCCCACCAUUUUACCCACUAUCGAGCUUCAGAGGAAGAACCUGAAUAUGGAGAAGAAGUGAGGGGCUAUCCAGAUGUCCAGGCUCCUGAGGACCUGGAGGAUGGACAGUACAUAGGCAGAGGAAGUGAAGAUCACAGGGCUCCAAGGCCUCAUAGUGAGGAGAGUUGGGAGGAGGACAAUAAGAGGAACCACCCUAGCCCAGAGCUUGACAACAUGGCACAGGGAUACAGUGAAGAGAGUGAGGAAAACAGAGACCAUGAGCUGGGAAAAGGACACCAUUACGGAAGGAGGGGAAGGAAGCCAGGUGUCUAUUCUACUCCUGACACCAGAGAAGAGAAAAGGUUCUUGGGUGAAGAACACCACCAUGUUCAGGAAGGCCAGAUGGACAAGGCGAGGAGACAUCCACAAGAAGAGUGGCAAGAACAGGAUGGAAAUUACCUCAAUUAUGGUGAGGAAGGAGCCCCCCCAAAGUGGCAGCAGCAGGAGGACCUGCAAGACCCUAGAGAAAAUGGAGAGGAAGACAGGCUUCCAGACAGACAAUACGUCUCCCAUCACACCACUGGAAAGAGGAAGAGAUUAGGAGUGCUGUUCAACCCGUACUUUGACCCUCUUCAGUGGAAGAGCAGCCAUUUUGAGAGAAGAGACAACAUGGAUGACGGUUUUCUUGAGGAUGAAGAAGAAAAUGCACUGACCUUGAAUAAGAAGAAUUUCUUCCCAGAAUACAACUAUGAUUGGUGGGAGAAAAAGCCCUUCUCUGAGGAUGUGAGUUGGGGAUAUGAGAAGAGAAGCUUCCCUAGGGCCCCCAAACUGGACCUGAAAAGGCAAUAUGACAGGGUGGCUGAGCUAGACCAGCUCCUGCAUUACAGAAAGAAAUCAGCUGAAUUCCCCAAUUUCUAUGACUCUGAGGAACAGAUGGAUGCACUCCAGGAGGCAGAAAAUGAGCAAGAAGGAGGUGACCAGAGAGUUCUGACAGAGGAAGAGGAAAAACAACUUGAAAACUUGGCUGCGAUGGAUUUGGAAUUACAGAAAAUAGCUGAGAAAUUUAGCCAAAGGGGCUAACAAGCGACAAGCACUUUUAAGAAAUAGCCCUUCUGGUACCCACUUACCACCUCUUUGCUGAAAGACACCAUUUAUUUACCCAAAGGCAGAAAGUAGCAUUUACUGUUCCUGAAUGUUUGACACAGUUGGGAAUGUCCCUACUUUUUGCCAGAAUGCUACUGAAGACAUGAAUAGCAUGACCUGUAGCAUAUUCUUUCUUGCGAAAUAGACCUAUUCCCAUGCUUGCGACGGUGUGCUGCUCUCUUUGAAAAUCUAUUUG